AUGUCUUCCAAGCCCAUCAUCCUCGUCACCGGCGGCAACCAAGGCCUCGGCCACGAAGCCCUCAAAGCCCUCGCCCGCAAACACGCAUACCACCUCAUCGUUGCAGCGCGCUCCCAAGCCAAAGCCGACGAAGCCGUCAAGACUAUUGCAGCAGACAGCAACUCUGACGUUGCAGACUUCACCCCCGUCGUAAUCGAGCUAGACAAGGACGAAACCAUCCUCGCCGCCGCCGAGAUCGUCAAGCAGAAAUUCGGCCACCUCGACAUCUUAGUCAACAACGCCGGCAUCGCGCAGUCCCCGCACCCCAACCCGACGCUGCGCGAGAACCUCCGCGCCGUCUUCGAAACAAACGUCUUUGGCGUCGCGGUCAUGAACGAGACAUUCCUGCCCCUCCUCCGCGCCUCCACCUUCCCGCAGCGCCGCAUCGUCACUGUAACCAGCGGCCUGGGAAUGUUUGGCGUAGCCCUAACAGAGAGUUCGCCGUACAAUGCGUGGAACAUCAAGUUCCCCGUAUACCGCAGUUCGAAAGCGGCGGUGAAUAUGAUCUCCGCGGUGGACAUGAUUGCAUUGCGGGAGGAGGGGAUCUCGACGGUGCUUGUUGAGCCGGGGUAUUGUCGGACGGCGUUUGGAAAUUACCAUGGGCACAAGGAUGCGGAUGAGGGGGGCAGGGUUAUUGCGAGGGCUGCCGUGGAGGGAGACAAUAAGGAUUUGUUUUUAAAGAUUGUGGACGAUGAGGGGAAGCAUGAGGAGUUUGGCUGGUGA